GGUAGAUCAGACACCUUCCAUAUUCAGAAGCCAUAGCCAAGAAAUGCCCCAAAUAACCACAUGUGACAAACUUAUUAAAUUGUACUAUUUCUCUUUAUUUUGAGUUGUGCAGACAGGAAAUGGGAUUAUCCAGCAAUUCCAUCGAUGUCACAAACUCAGAGGAUGAUUCCACAUCCCCUUCUAAAAACAAGGUAUAGUACUGUGUGUACCAUGACGUGCAUCGCCUUAUACAAGGAGUGAGCAUCUCUGCACCGUUUAACUCUUCUUCUGUCAUGAGUCGUACAUCACAGGUUCCAUAACAUAAGUAUGAAGAUAUUUUGGGUCACAAAGGCAUCCUGAAAGUACUGAUACAACUUUGUGUGUCCCUUGUAAACUUCACUCCAUUAUUAAUUUUCAUUUAGUGAGCCUAUGUCAGUAAGGCCUUUUAGUAAAUUUGACAUAUAAAAGGUUGCAUGUUAAGAGUAAAUAUGGGUCUAGUUUUACUUGUAUUUAUACAGAAAAGCUUAUACAAGUAAUAUUGAUGAAAUGGUUCUCUGAUAGAAAGGUGAUGGCUUUCUGUAAUGGCAAAUAAUGCAGGUUUUCUUGUGCAGGAGAUAAUCGUUGCCCCUGGGGAGCACCCACUGCAAUACAAGUACACAUUCUGGUACUCUCGUAGAACACCAUCCCGGCCAGCAAGUACCCACAACUAUGAGCAGAAUAUCCGACAGUUCGGCACCGUAGCCUCAGUAAGUGUCUCUUAUUAAACAAUAGUUCUUGUCUCAAUCCCUAAAAUACUAUUACACUUACACAUAGAUCAGUUACUAGAAUUGCCUGCCACCUUCUCAUACUCACUAUGGCAUGUAAACCGCCAGAAUGCCAGGCUCACCCUCACGCACUAUAAAAAUUUAUGUACAGCACAGACGGGUACACUGCCAACUUCUCAUUCUCAAAUCUAGCCACAUGGUUCUUUUUAAAUGAAAAUUCCAGGCACCAUAAUAACUUAAUUGCGGAGUGGUCGUUUAAGUGUAAUAGCCAUUUAUUGGUGCCGCACCAUUUAAGAGCUUGUCAUUACGCCUUGAAAUAUAAACCGCCCUGUAACGGAUCAACGGGCACCCCGAAUGAAUACCUCCGUUGAAGGAUGCUCCUAGUGCUUCCUGAGGGCUCCAAGCACUCCAGCCGACACCAUAACCACUGGAGACUUCUCCAGAGAGCAAGGCAGGAACAAGCUCUUACAAGAGCUUAGUAAUGAUUUUAGCAAGGGAGUAUGACAAGCAUAGCAAUCCCUUGUAGCAAAUUCCCCCCAAUAAGAGACAGGACUCAGAUUGAGGGUUAAGUAGAACUGCGAGAGCUGUGGGUUUAUUGUUCUUAAAUACACAUUAUUACACAUUAGUACCACCCACAGGGUUUUUUAAAACAACCAAUAAACACGUACAAUACACUCAGACACUCCCACACAAAAUCCUCCCCUCUGCCUGUGAUACAAUUACCUUACACAAUGGGUAAUGUAAUUAUAACAAGCAGAGAAAUACAGUUUUAGACAAUAUUCAUAACUUUACAAGUAUGCAUCACAUUCACAAAACUUACAUUUUCAGAAUCAGCAUAUCCAAAUACAAACAUACGUCAAAAUCAUACAAAUUGGUCCAGUAGGUCAAAAGUUAGAUCGUAGUCCUUUGUGACCAAAUGAAGCAUGGCUUUUCUGCCCAAAACCAGUUCCACAGAGUCUUCUAUCCUGGAGAUAAUUGGGAAGUAAUCCAAUUAUCUCCAAGGACAGAGGCAAAACUCCAUUAGCCACAUGGUAGCAAAAGACAAUAAAAUACAUAAAUAAAUAUAACUGUGCAGCUAUUGCAUAAAACAGGUACAUUCAACAUAUCCCCAGAUAGCUCAGACCUGAGCGCACAUUAUUACUGAAUGGUGCUCGGAUCACAUAUAUACAGUUCAAUUGCCAUGGAGCCAAAGUCUUUCACAUAGUCUUUCGUUAUACGAAUGGGCUCCAUGGCAUAGCUAUCUGGGGUAUCACAGUUCAAAAAGGGAAAGUACCGAAUGAUCCGGCUUUCGGGUCUUUGCAGGGGAAAAUCAAGCAUUUCAACAUGGGGCCAUAGUCAGGGAGCAGGAGGCUGGCAAUCAGUCUUCUCCAGUGGCGAGGCUGGUUCCGCCACACGCCCACACUACAAAUUACGACAUCACAAAAUGUAAAGACUGCAACGGUGCCAGCCCAUGUACAUUAUCUCUGGUCUUCGUGUACACACAGGUGGAACAGUUCUGGAGAAUAUACAGCCAUAUAGUACGUCCAGGAGACCUUACAGGAUACAGUGAUUUUCAUCUCUUCAAAGAUGGCAUCAAACCCAUGUGGGAAGUGAGUGUUAUAUGUGACAUGGUCUAUUAAGGACUACCUAUUCACUGUGAGUGAUAUACUUUGUGUAUGGACUGGUAUGCAGUGUCUGUGCACAGUGAGCGAUCUAAUGUGUGUAUAGACUGGUAAGCACGGUCUGUGCACAGUGAGCGAUCUAAUGUGUGUAUGGACUGGUAAGCACGGUCUGUGCACAGUGAGCGAUCUAAUGUGUGUAUGGACUGGUAAGCACGUUCUGUGCACAGUGAGCGAUCUAAUGUGUAUAUAGACUGGUAAUCUCGGUCUGUGCACAGUGAGCGAUCUAAUGUGUGUAUGGACUGGUAAGCACGUUCUGUGCACAGUGAGCGAUCUAAUGUGUAUAUAGACUGGUAAUCUCGGUCUGUGCACAGUGAGCAAUCUAAUGUGUGUAUGGAUUGGUAAGCACGGUCUGUGCACAGUGAGCAAUCUAAUGUGUGUAUGGACUGGUAAGCACGGUCUGUUCACAGUGAGCGAUAUAAUGUGUGUAUGGACUGGUAAGCACGGUCUGUGCACAGUGAGCGAUAUAAUGUGUGUAUGGACUGGUAAGCAGUGUCUGUGCACAGUGAGCGAUAUAAUGUGUGUAUGGACUGGUAAGCACGGUCUGUGCACAGUGAGCGAUCUGGUAAUGUCUGUGCACAGUGAGCGAUAUAAUGUGUGUAUGGACUGGUAAGCACGGUCUGUGCACAGUGAGCGAUAUAAUGUGUGUAUGGACUGGUAAUCACUGGUAAGCUCUGUGCACAGUGAGCGAUAUAAUGUGUGUAUGGACUGGUAAGCACGGUCUGUGCACAGUGAGCGAUGCACAGUGACAGUGAGCGAUAUAAUGUGUGUAUGGACUGGUAAGCACGGUCUGUGCACAGUGAGCGAUAUAAUGUGUGUAUGGACUGGUAAGCAGUGUCUGUGCACAGUAGCGAUAUAAUGUGUGUAUGGAUGGUAAGCACGGUCUGUGCACAGUGAGCGAUCUAAUGUGUGUAUGGACUGGUAAGCACGGUCUGUGCACAGUGAGCGAUAUAAUGUGUGUAUGGACUGGUAAUCACGGUCUGUGCACAGUGAGCGAUAUAAUGUGUGUAUGGACUGGUAAGCAGUGUCUGUGCACAGUGAGCGAUAUAAUGUGUGUAUGGACUGGUAAGCACGGUCUGUGCACAGUGAGCGAUCUAAUGUGUGUAUGGAUUGGUAAGCACGGUCUGUGCACAGUGAGCAAUCUAAUGUGUGUAUGGACUGGUAAUCAUGGUCUGUGCACAGUGAGCGAUAUAAUGUGUGUAUGGACUGGUAAUCACGGUCUGUGCACAGUGAGCGAUAUAAUGUGUGUAUGGACUGGUAAGCAGUGUCUGUGCACAGUGAGCGAUAUAAUGUGUGUAUGGACUGGUAAGCACGGUCUGUGCACAGUGAGUGAUAUAAUGUGUGUAUGGACUGGUAAGCAGUGUCUGUGCACAGUGAUUGAAUUAAUCUGCCGUGAUAGAAAAGAAAGGCUGUCCUGAUUAUUGCAUCUUCAUCAUGUUACUUUAUUUAAAUCUUGGGAGGGAUUAAACCUGUAGUUAAAAUUCUGAACACUUUAAUUUUUGUUCUAAGGAUGAAGCUAAUAAGAAUGGUGGAAAGUGGAUUAUUCGCCUCCGGAAGGGUCUGGCGUCUCGUUUCUGGGAGAAUAUUAUCCUGGCCAUGUUAGGGGAGCAGUUUAUGGUGGGAGAGGAGAUCUGUGGGGUGGUGGUCUCUAUUCGUUUCCAGGUGGGUUAUUCUCAAUCAUGUUCACUAAUGUGAAGGGUGUCAUAUACAUAUAUAUUGCACUUCUUUACCAGUUUGCAUGUCGGUGGUUUUUGUUGGUUAUUUUUAUGUGUUUUUUUUGCAAUCCUCCUGGCUAGAAGAUGCCUGGGUUACUUUGUGGCCUAUACCAACCUCAUACAUGUUUGAUAUUUUCUACUGCAACCUUUGUUUUCCCAAUAUCAUCUAACAUUUUUUAAUGUCCAGGAUCUUUUUCACUUUGCUGAUCUCACAGUUUGUCAGUUAUUCUUAUAAUGCUGGCCUUUUGCUGUGUUCUUUUAUAAUCUCUCCUCUCUCUCUGUGUAAUCUUUGUUGGAAACACUGUUUUAGCUUUGCUUCCAAGAGAAAUGUUUGCGUAGUCUCUCAAUCUGAGAUCUUUCAUUUCUGUUUGUAUAACUCCUUGACACAGUCUCCCCUGCUCUCUCAGUAAAUCAGGUUGUUCCUUGGUAUUACCUGGAUUUUGGUUUUCACUCCCCGCAAUCCAUCCUGUGCUAGUCAUAGUUUAUGGAUAAUUCUCUUUGUAUAUAUCUCUGCACAACACUACUCUCUUAUAUAGGCUUAUGUUCUCCCUGCAUGUCCAACAUACCGACUUGGUUUAAAUCCACAGGCAAGGUUUCCAGCAGGUAAAAUACAGCAAUAUCCCAACAGCAAUCCCAAUAACUGGAUGACACACAGUUUCAGGAGCAGAACUGAAAGCUUUAAUCCACAGUCUCCUUUUAAAGCAUGGUCCCAUGCAAGGGAGGGAUUUACAACAUUAGUACAGUAGCCAAUUCUGUCCUGGUAUAUAUAUGUCCCUUAAAUAUAUAGCAUGCUCCUCCAGCUGUUCGAGAUUCUCACCCAAUUACCUGUUCAUUCCCCUAACAUCUUACCAAUAGCUGCUUCUCUGUUAACUCUUUCAGCCAUCACCUCCAAACUUCCCCUGCUACCUUUUGUCUCAAAUCCCCCUGGUAUCCUUUAGAUUGUAAGCUCAAGGGCCAUCUAGCUAAGCACUUUGUAUAAAGAGCUCCAAUGGCUAGAUAUCAGCUUACGGGCAGGGCUCUCUUACCUCUUGUAUUUGUUUGUGUAUAUUGUAUGUUUCUCAACUAAUUGUACAGCGCUGCGGAAUCUGUGUGCGCUUUAUAAAUUAUAAUAAUAAUAAUAUGUGUAUCCUAAUGAUUAAAUGCAUUGGAUUGGCUCAAAUCGGCACGGUGCUGGUCCAAAUGCUGUUUUGACCAAUUGAAUCAAUGCAUCUCUAUGAGCAAAAUUCAGCAUCUCCAUGCAGAGCUUGGGGACGCUGAACGUUAUUGCUGCUUUUUCGGCAGCACUGACCCAGGAAGCACCUCCAGUGGCCAUCUAAGGAGUCGCCUCUUGGACGUGUCCCUAGAGGCAAUGUUAACACUGCUUUUUCUCUGAAAAGGCUGUUUUACAUGGGAAAAAAGCCUGAGGGGAACUAUUAUACUCACCAGAACAACUACAUUAAGCUGUAGUUGUUCUGAUGACUAUAGUGUCCCUUUAAUGUAGUUGAUAUGGUGAGUAUAGUAUGUCCCUGCAGGCAUUUUAAUGUAAACGUUUCGUUUUUCUAUGUGCAGUUUGUUACUGGCGGUCUGUGUGUCCAUCUGCCAUACUCACACCUUAUCUCCCCACAGGAGGAUCUCCUUUCUAUCUGGAACAAGACGGCCAAUGACCAGCUGAGCACAGUGCGAAUCCGGGACACGUUAAGAAGAGUUUUAAAUCUACCUCCCAAUACAAUCAUGGAAUACAAAACUCACACGGACAGUCUCAAGUAAGCCCUAUACAAUCUCCUUGUUUUCGUAGAUCAGCCAGUGAGCUGGUUCAUUUGGUUAAAGUGGCAAAAAUAGUGUAAAAUGUUUUCAUAUCUAAUUGUCAGCAAGGACAACUGUAAAAGCUACCCAGCACGAGUACUGAAGGUUUGUUGUGAUGUAAAAUGUUUAGUAGAUUCCUGAAGCCGUCCAGUGAUAAGUUACUCUUUCAGUGUUUCCGUAUCUUAUUUAUUUAUUCACAGUUUAAAGUUAUCCAUGCCGCAGUUUAUUAUACUGCGAGUCAUGUGGAAUUACAAAAUCACAUUUACAAACAUUUCUGUUACGUAAACCUCCCAUGUAACGGGCCUCUUCUAAUCUCAGUAUGUCUGGAGACUUCAUUUUAUCGCUCAUAUUUCUCCGUCUCACUUGGAAUUUCAUUUAUAUAUUUAUAUAUAUAUUUUUUUUAUUUUUUUUUAUUCUUCCAGGGACAACUCAAGUUUUCGAAAUACAAAAAUUACCGUAUAGCACCCAGGGCAUGUGUUUUCUCAAUUACCUCUUAAACGGCCGUGCAGGCAUGAAUGUAUCCAUGGCCUGGGACAAUAUGUGGGUAAAACCUUUUCCAUCCUGAAAAAAUCAUGAAUCUGUUCUACAAAUGAAUACUUGGUCUCAGGGCAGCCAUUACUAUAUGCAAAUGAGAACUCGUUGAAAGCCACUUUACCCCAACUUGCCGUCCAUCUUACUGCAGAGGUUUCUGGAAAUACCCGUAACGCAGCAAUGGUAGUAAAAUGCUAAGGGUGGGCGUAGAUCCAGUGCGUGGCAACUCAGUGUGCCUUUAUAGGGGUUGAGGGGGAAGGAAAGCAAAAUAAAAUGACACAGAAUGACGUCUUUUUAUUAAAUUAUUAAUAAGAUUAAUAAAUGGCAUUUGUACCUAGAGUUAUUUUGUUUUUUUGUUUUUUUUUCUCUCUCUAGUGUGGUUGUAGGGGUGUCAGAUCCUCCGUGUUUCCUUGGACUAUAUUACACUUCCUGCCCUGAAGCGUGGCGUACUGCAAAUAAAAUAAUAGAGCCAUAUGUAACUCUAUAAGUGGGAGCCAUAUGAAAAAGUUCAAUAACAUUUUUUUCCAAAUUGUUUUUCCUUAGAGCUCAUGGCUUCUCUCUUACCUAAAUGAUGUUUGCAGCAUUAGAUUGGCAAUGCCUUCUUCAAUACCAAUAUAUUACAGAAUAUAUUGACCAUAACCAUCAUUGUUAGACUAUCGCUUAUGACCGGCAGAUCCCCAAUACAUUGGCAAAAUCAGGCCCUGACAUAGGCUAGUCUUGUUUCAGUCAGUUGGAUCCAAUACAAGAAUCCGCACUAGGAAUUAAUGAUCACUGCUCUAAGCUAAUAUUUCCUGGAGCUGCAUGGUAUUUAUUUAGGAUUAAAUACAGUAAGUAUCUGUUUUCUUGCAAAAAACACUUUCCUUCCUCCCCCACGGCUGGCCGGGAAAAGGAAGUUUAAUCAAUAAAUAAUAGGAUAAACAGAAUUGGAAAAUAUUUAAAUUUUUAGCUAUAUUGGCCUAAAGUGUACGGAUCCCUUGUUAUUUCUCCACAAUUCCUAGUUUACUGAAUAAACCGCUCUGACUCAACUGAUAUGAGGUUAGUCAUAGGAACAUACUAACCUAUGUAAUAGUGCCCAUAGAGGGUGGCUCCCCUAUAGCUCCGUCUUCUAAACGUGUUAAAUAAAGAACUUGUACAGUGCUAUUUAUACACAAUAAAUGUAUAACAACAUAUUUGUUUACACAAUGACACAUUGCUUUCUAAAACUAGAUGUUCUCUUAUGACAGGUUGAAAAUCUGGGGUCAAACAUUUAUUUUCUAGAAAUUCAGGUCAUUUUAGCUGUUAUGAGUUACAGCUCCUGUCAUAGUCAUGUUGUCACGUAAUUCCAUUUUUAUUAGCCACCACCAUGUUCCAUAGCGCUGUACAAACAUACACGUGAACUUACAAUCUAGAAAAGUGGCACUUUUACACAAGUAAACUUUUAUACAGGGACACUGCUAUGCCUCCAGCUUUUUGUCAGUGCUGGAUAUUUAGAGAUGUUAUGCAGAAGAAAACCGGCCGUGUCGCUGUAACUGUACAGGGGUUUUAAUCCACGGGUCACCUUAUGCAUUGUACUCAGGUCCCCUCUCACUGGAAACUCAGAAGUCAAGGUGUGACUCAUUCAAGGUGAGUAGAGGCCGUCGUCAUUCUCAAAGGGUCUGUCUGGGGCCGUGUUAAAGUGUCCCAUGAGGAAGAUGGCAAGUGUUCCUGCUACAAACAAUGGGAGCAUACCCCAAAAGCAGAGAACGUCCAAUACCUUUCCAAUCAUUAUCCAGUUUUCCAUCUCCUGAACAAUGAGACAGAGGGGAAACAGAAAAUUAGAUUAUUA